GCCCCCUUCUGAUUCAAACCUCAAACCUACGGACACCUAAAACCCUGCACUAUCCCUGACUCUAAGCAAUGAUAAAUGAAGCUUUGUUGUUACUACAAAGAACCCCACAUCAAGCUGAACCACAUGCUCGCAGCCCUGGCUCGCUCCAACCAACACACCCAAUCCCUCAAACUCUUUGUCCACGCCCACUCCUCCUUCACCCCCGACCACUACAUCCUCUCCACGGCCAUAACCGCCGCCGCCAACGCGCGCCGCGCCGCCUUCGGGGCCCAGCUCCACGCCCUCGCCGUCCGGACCGGGCUCGGGGCCCACUCCCACGUCGCCAACUCCCUCCUCUCGCUCUACGCCAAGGCCCAUCGCGACCUCGCCUCCGUCAAACUCACGUUUCAGGAAAUCGAUUGCCCCGACGCGUAUUCCUGGACCACGCUGCUCUCCGCUUGCGCCAAACUAGAUAGCGUUGAACAUGCCCUGAAAGUGUUCGAUGGAAUUCCCAAGGGACACAUCGCGGUUUGGAACGCCGUUAUAACCGGGUGCGCGGAGAAAGGGAAUCGGGAUUUUGCUUUUGGCUUGUUCAGGGACAUGAACAAAAUGGGUGUUAAGGCUGAUAAGUACACUUUUGCCACGAUGUUGAGUUUGUGCUCUUUGGAGCUUUUUGAUUAUGGAAGGCACGUUCAUUCGGUGGUCAUCAAAAGUGGGUUUUUGGGUUGGACUUCUGUGGUUAAUUCUCUGAUCACUAUGUAUUUUAAGUGUGGGUGUGUGGUGGACGCUUGUGAGGUGUUUGAAGAAGCAGAAGAAGGUGGCUCGCGUGAUUAUGUUUCAUAUAAUGCUAUGAUAGAUGGUUUUGCAAGUGUGGAGAGAAGUGAAGAUGCAUUCUUGAUCUUCAGAGACAUGCAAAAGGGUUGUUUUGACCCAACGGAGGUUACCUUUGUGAGUGUCAUGAGUUCUUGUUCAAGUUUAAGAGCUGGUUGUCAAGCACAGUCGCAAGCUAUAAAGAUGGGUUUUGUUGGUUGUGUUGCUGUGAACAAUGCAAUGAUGACUAUGUAUUCUGGGUUUGGGGAGGUUAUCGAAGUUCAAAAUAUUUUUGAGGGAAUGGAAGAAAGGGAUGUUGUUUCAUGGAACAUAAUGGUUUCAAUGUUUUUGCAAGAGAAUCUUGAGGAAGAAGCAAUGUUGAGCUAUUUGAAAAUGAGGAGGGAAGGAAUUGAACCAGAUGAGUUUACCUAUGGAAGUUUGCUGGCUGCUACAGAUUCUUUGCAAGUUGUGGAGAUGAUCCACUCUCUUUUGUGCAAAAGUGGGCUUGUGAAAAUUGAAGUUUUGAAUGCGCUAGUUUCUGCAUACUGCAGACAUGGGAAGAUAAAGCGUGCAUUUCAAAUCUUCUCUGGUGUCCCCUAUAAAAGUUUGAUAUCUUGGAACAGUAUCAUAUCUGGGUUUCUUAUGAAUGGACACCCGUUGCAAGGGUUAGAGCAGUUCUCUGCAUUACUUAGUACACAAGUCAAGCCAAAUGCCUAUUCCCUCAGUCUUGUUUUGAGUAUUUGUUCUAGCAUGUCAGCCAUGAGUCAUGGGAAACAGGUUCAUGGUUACAUUCUAAGACAUGGUUUUUCUUCAGAAGUUUCUUUGGGUAAUGCCCUGGUCACAAUGUAUGCCAAAUGUGGAUCUUUAGACAAGGCUUUGAGAGUAUUUGAUGCAAUGGUGGAAAGAGAUACAAUCACUUGGAAUGCUAUAAUAUCUGCUUAUGCACAACAUGGACGAGGCGAAGAAGCCGUGUGCUGUUUUGAGGCAAUGCAAACCUCACCUGGAAUCAAACCAGACCAAGCUACCUUUACUUCAGUUCUUUCUGCUUGCAGCCAUGCAGGUUUGGUCGAUGAUGGUAUCCGUAUUUUUGAUACAAUGGUGAAAGUUUAUGGAUUUGUGCCAAGUGUGGAUCAUUUUUCUUGCAUAGUUGAUCUGUUGGGUCGCAGUGGAUACCUUGAUGAGGCAGAGAGAGUGAUUAAAAGUGGAUACUUUGGAGCACAUUCCAAUAUAUGCUGGUCAUUGUUCAGUGCUUGUGCAGCUCAUGGAAAUUUAGGACUUGGAAGAACAGUUGCUAGACUUAUCCUGGAAAGAGACCAUAACAACCCAUCAGUUUAUGUGCUUUUAUCAAAUAUCUGUGCAGCAGCAGGCCAGUGGGAAGAAGCAGCUAAUCUGAGAGAGAUGAUGAGAGAAUUUGGAACAAUAAAGCAACCUGGCUGCAGCUGGAUCAGAACCUAAGACUUACAAGUUAUAGGUGCUUGUAAAUGUGUAAGCAUGAGCCUAAUGUGGUGGUGAAGGUUCAAUACAGAAUUCAGCUUUGAAUAGACUCGGCCAUAGACUAUGAUGUGAUAUGCAAGAUAUUCCUAUUCUUGCAGAAAAAUAGUUUUUAGCAUCCAGGCAUAUAAUUUUCAAUAUUUAUCUUGUCUAAGUGAAGGUUAAAGUGACCUAAGUUUGGGUAUUUUCUACUUGAAGGGGGUGCUAGGAGGGGUUAAAAGGGAGAUGAGUUUUGUAGUAGUGGUUUUCAAAGUUCUGGGUGGGUGAGCAAUGGAACCUCGUUAGGGAUUUUGGGCUUAUUGUUGAACUUCAACUGCUUACUACUGCCUUUCUUCAUUAGUAUAGGGCUUUGGGCAACAUCAAAGGUCACAGAAGCUGAUAUUGUGGAGUUUGAAGCAAACUAUAGGGGAUCUGACACAGAAAAAUUAUUUGAUCGGUCUGUACAAGAAGUGCAAGGGUAAUAUGAAUAGGUAAAAACAUUGUGAUGAGGAAGAAUCUUUUGUUGGGUAAAAGAUUUAGGCUUGAUAUCUGGAGUAACUUGACUUUGUAGACUAUUCUGUUCAGUGCUUUUGUUCAGAUCCUAAACUUGACUCACACUGAUUCAAGGAUAUUCUUGAUAAAGCUUGAAACUUUAGCUGCCGGUAAGAACAUUACUAGCUAUUUUAACUCCAAAUUUUAAUCAGACAUUUGAUCUACAUGCAGGCUUCACUGUUAAAAAAGAGAGAGAAUUUUGAAUGUGUGGUAUAGAUCUCAGUCCAUAAGGAGAGCUAAAGGAAACAAAUGCCUACAAGAAAUGGGCAAAGAAAAUAUUAGAAACCUAGCCACCAACUAGUCCCUCAAGAAGAUGGGCAAAGUUAAUUUGCAGGGUUUGGUUUAUGUUAUCUAGUUAAGCUGUAAUUUAGGAAUAUUCGAUGUUUAAAUCUUCUACAGAUAUCAAAUAGGCAAUUGGAAACAAAUAUUCUACACGAGGAAGAGAGGCAGUAGGAGAAGCAGAAGGACCGUGACUCUGCUCAUUUGGAUCAGAGGCACAUCCAGAAGGACAUUGAUAAGGUUUGAUGUGUUGGGUGAUUUAUGGACCCUGAUUUCUUGGCCACCCACGAGAAAAUGUCUGGCAAUGGGGUUGAUAUUCACUCUCAAAGGACAUAUGUAAGUUGUCGAUAUAUAUGUUCUAUUUAUACAACUUGGUUAUCAAACAAAAUAAGUAUUUUAUUGUUAUAUUUUCUUUUGAACUGGAGGACUUUCAAUAGUAUCUUAGCCAGAUACGUAUGCAAAUUGGCGAGACCUCCACAAGUGGGAAGCAGGAUGUCGAUAGGUUAGCCAAGCUUGGCUUGUGGCUGGAUGUUGCUAGUGGCAAUAGUCGAGAUCAGGAGGUUUACAACACCGAAAAUUUGUCUGCGAACCUUUGUCUUGAUGUGAUAUCACUCACUCAGGAGUCUUAGCUGCUUCAUUAAGCAGUGACGACAAGAGGGCCCCUAGAGUUAGGGAAGAGGUUGUGACUGUUAAGGAGAGGACUAAGGACCUGUUUGGGUAAGUUUUCUCUAGAAACACUUCUAGGAGAAAAAAUAAGAAGAAAAAAAAUGAAAUAAAUUUCUCCAUAGGCUAAAGAGAGCUCCCCUUUAGCUAAUCAUUAAUUAAUUCUUAGAUGUUCCCUCAUCUUUUACAGAAGUUAUAUGAGAGAGCUUCUACAAAUUAGCUAAUGGCUAGCUAAUGGAAAACUAUUUUAACCUAUGGAGAAGUUCAUCUCAUCUUUUUCUUCCUAUUUUCUUCUCUUAGAAGUGUUUCUAAAUAAACUUACCCAAACAAGCCCUAAGGCUAAUGAGGAGAUGACUGCUUCCUUGAAGUAGCACAUGCGCGCUGUGAUGGAGCCCUUGUCGGCUCUGGAGUGCCAGUUAGGCACUUGUACUAAGAGUAGGAAACCUAGUCAUCUGCAUUAUCACUUAUCAGGAUCAUAUGGAUGCCCAAUUCUUGGAUGGUGAAGCCUGACUAGGGACAUUAUCACUUUUUGUAUUAAUUUUAUCAUGUUUUUGUUGUGUUUUUUUUUUUUUACAAUU